AGAGGAAGUUGUUCUAAGUUGCUCUAAGGAAGUUGCUCUACUUUUAAACCUCCGAUCAUCAAGCAAAGAAGAGUGACAGAGAAAAAGCUGUAUCAAUGGAAACCACUGUAAAUGAACACACUCAUUACGGCUCUGAAAGGAGCCCAUCCUGUCCAGAGCUGAGGAUCGUGUUGGUAGGAGGGGAAGAAUUAAAUGGUCAGUCCAGCACUAUAAGUGAGACUGGGAACAUCAUACUGGGCCAACAUGUUUUUGAGACCGACAGGAGAACGGCUCAGAGUGUUGUGAGGCAGCAGGAAGUCCACGGCAGACGAGUCACCGUGGUUAACACCCCUCACUGGUUUUGGCACUAUCCACGAGAAAACACGGCACUCCUGGAUCAGAUGGAAAUCCAGAACAGUGUCCACCUGUGUCCCCCGGGGCCCCACGCCUUUCUCCUUGUCAUUCCCAUCGGCGUCCCAUUCAUUCCAGUCAUAAAGCUUUCACUCAUGGAGCACCUGCAGCUUUUCCAUGAGGAGUUCUUUAAGCACACCAUCAUGGUAUUUACCGUGGAAAGACCAAGCUUUAAGAGAUUUGUGGAGGAAGACAUCGGCUUCUGGCCUGAUCUUCUGUGGGUUCUUCAACAGUGUGGAAACAGGAAGCAUGCCCUCAAUAUCAGAGACCAACAGGAUGGCACUCAAGUCCAGACGCUCUUGGAGAAAAUAGAAGCAAUGGUGGUAGAAAACGCUGGAAGAGCCUACUCUGUUGAUGCAGCUGAAGGGAGAGCUCUCACAGAGAAGAUGAAGACGAUUGCUGAGAGAGCCUCGAAGAGGUUUUCUGAAGUCCAGAGGAGGAGACGAACACUCCGAGCUCUGAUCCAAGGUGGCAAAAUCCCUCCAAGACAUUUAAGACUGGUGCUGGUUGGAGCUCAGGGGUCAGCCAAGAGCUCAGCAGGCAACAUCAUCCUGAAAAAACAAGUUUUCUCUGUAAGUCUUAGAAAGAAAACAGACACAUGUGAAAUCAGCCACAGCAUGGUGGCUAACAGGCAGCUCACGGUGGUCGAUUCUCCCGGCUGGAUGUACAACCACACCCUCCAAGACACCAAUGAGAUGGACAGACAGGAAAUAGCGGGCAGCGUGCAUCUGUGCCCUCCAGGACCCCACGCAGUCCUCCUCGUGGUCGGCCUCUCUUCUGCAUUCAAUGCCUCGUACCAGAGAGCGCUCCAGGAGCACAUGAAUCUGUUCACGGAGGACGUCUGGAAGCACACGAUGGUUCUGUUCACCAGAGGAGACUGGCUGGGGUCCAAGACGGUGGAGGAGCGAAUAGAGAGCGAAGAAGGCCUGCAGUGGCUGGUGGAGAAGUGUGGGAACAUGUACCACGUCCUGGAUAACACCAACCAGCUCCAUGAGACACAGGUGACGGAGCUUUUAGAGAAGAUAGAGGAGAUGUGGGCGGGAAAGGAAGAGCCUCAUUAUAAAGGAGACCUGAGCUGUGAAGAGCAGAUGGAGGCGAGGAGAGAGGCCCAACUAAAGGCGGCAAAAAGGAUUCAAAAGACGAGCCAAAUACAAUCAAGGAUCCUGAAAGAGUUGUUCAGAGUGGACAGGAGGCACAUCACUGAAAUGAGGAUUAUACUGAUCGGCAGAAAAGAGUCGGGGAAGAGUAUGGCUGCUAACAGGCUGGUUUCUGAAAGGCUGUUUGGUCCAUCUUUGAUGACGAAGGAGUUCCAAAACCAGAAAAGAACCACAAUGUCUGUGAAACACCAGAAAAAUUUCUCUGGAUUAAACGUCUCUGUUGUCGAGACACCGGGCUGGCUGGCUGAUGAAGAAACACCAGACUGGCUCAAAAAAGAAGUCCUUCGUAGUGUCUCCAUGUGUGCUCCAGGUCCACACGCUUUUCUCCUGGUCGUUCCCGUUUCCAAAGCCUUCAGAGAGGCAGAUGCCAAGGCAGUGGUGGAGCUCUUGGAGCCACUCGGUGAGAGGGUCUGGAGACAUUGCCUGGUGCUGUUCACAUGGGCCGACUGGCUCAGCGGCAGGACCAUCGAGGACUACAUCGCCGCAGAGGGUGAGAACCUCCAGCAGCUGGUGGAGAAAUGCGGGAACGGAUACCAAGCUUUCAGCUACAAUCAUGGUUUUAACAACGUAGAAAUAUUGCAGAAAAUAGACCUUAUGAUCACACGCAAUAAGGGCUGCUGCUUCACUACUGAAGAUAACUGGGUGAAAACGGAGCCAGAGCUGACAGAGGCGGAGUGGAACCAAAGGGAGCAGGAGCUGUUAGACCAGGUGUUGAAAGCUGUAACACGAGCACUUGAGGAACCAGCAAAUCCACCUGCUAAAGUGGCAAAUAGCAUGGAUGGAGCCUUCAUCCCAAGCAUGGGUGGAGACGCUCUCUCAGAAGUCGGCAGCACUCUCUGGACUCACAGAGACCAAGCCAGAGUGGCUGAAUGGCUGCGAUUUCGAGCUGGAAACUCUGAAGUCACCUCUGGCAUCGGCAGCAUGAGUGCCUCGGCCAGUCAUGUGGAGAGUUUGGAUGUAAACCCGCUGGCAGAUCACCAUCAGAUGGAGGACUUCUUCCCAGAAGAAGACCAAAUGAUGUUGGAUAGUGGUCUUCAUGGCAUCAUCCCCACAGACUCUAUUCUACUAAACUAUCGGAGGCACUCUUUCUAAGUAACUGCUCUGUUUUUUCUGUCUUUGUUAAUUAUGCUGCUGCCUGUCUUGGCCAGGGCACUCUUGUUAAUGACAUUCUUAAUCCCAAUGAGGUUUAAUACAUUAAAAUAAAUAAAUAAAAGGUUUCUACAAGUCUGCAAAAUCUCCAAUCUAAAGACACAGGUUUCCAAAUACUGCUGAUCUGCAUGCCUAUGUUUACCAUGUGAUGCUAUCUACUGCUUUGUGGUAUUCUAUUGUAUACGCUGGUUAAGUACACAGUCAUGCUUAUGUAAUGUUCACCAGCCAUUUUAAACUGAUGUGA